AAUGGAUAAUCGAUUGAUAUGGGUUAAUUUUGAAAUGAUUUGCCAAAUGGUUUUCGAAUAUUAUAAUAUGAAAAUGGAGAUCAUUAUAAAGGAUAUUUUAGUAUGGUAAGAAUGUUGGGGAAGGAGAAUUUAAAUACGCUUCGUCAAGAGAUAUAGACUCAGGAUUAUUUAGAAAGGAUUAGAGAACUGAGAAAUGUUAUUUGC